CCUAGUCAUCGGACGCCGCCCACCUACCCGAGCUCCCCUCCCCCCACCACACGAGACGACCGAUUCAUUCGCUCGCUGCCUACCCGCUCGCCAAGUCGAGCUGAGCUCCGAGAAUUCGUGAGGAAAUCCCGCAUCGCCGGAGCGCCCGAUCGGCGCCGCCGCCGGGAUCAGGUUUAGGGUUAGGGUUUUGGGAGGGGCCCAGUGGGAAUGGAUGCCCCCGGUGCCGACGGCGGUGGCGCGGCGGGGGCGGGUGGGGAGCCCGUCUGGGACUGGGGAAACCUUCUCGACUUCGCCGUCCACGAAGACGACUCGCUGGUGCUUCCAUGGGACGGUUCGAUUGGGAUCGAGGCCGAUCCCACCGAGGCGACGCUGCCCCCUGCCCCGCCGCCGCAGCCGGCGGAGGAGACGGAGGCCCCGGAGCCAGCGCCGCUGCCGUCUAUGCAGCCGGAGGGAAGCAAGCGUCGCGUGAGGAAGCGCGACCCGCGGCUGGUGUGCCCGAACUACCUCGCGGGGAGGGUACCGUGCGCGUGCCCCGAGAUAGACGAGAUGGCUGCCGCCCUGGAGGUCGAGGACGUGGCUACAGAGUUGCUGGCCGGCUCGCGGAAGAAGACGAAGACUGCAGGCCGUGGUAGUGGUGCGGCGGCCGGAGGAAGUGGUGGAGGGACUAGCCGUGGGACUCCUGCCGAGAUGAGGUGCCAGGUGCCUGGUUGUGAGGCGGACAUACGUGAGCUGAAGGGGUACCACCGCCGGCACAGGGUGUGUCUGCGCUGCGCGCACGCUGCAGCUGUUAUGCUCGAUGGCGUCCAGAAGCGCUAUUGCCAGCAGUGCGGCAAGUUUCAUAUAUUACUAGAUUUUGAUGAAGAUAAGAGGAGUUGUAGAAGAAAAUUGGAGCGACACAACAAAAGAAGACGAAGAAAACCUGAUUCCAAAGGCAUAUUGGAGAAAGAUGCAGAUGACCAGUUGGAUUUGUCAGCAGAUGGUAGUGGUGAUGGUGAAUUAAGAGAAGAGAACAUAGAUGCCACUACCAGUGAGAUGCUUGAGACUGUUCUGAGCAAUAAGGUUUUGGACAGAGAAACACCUGUGGGUUCAGAAGAUGUGCUUAGUUCUCCGACAUGUGCACAACCCAGUUUGCAAAUUGACCAAAGUAAAAGCUUAGUGACUUUCGCGGCUUCCAUUGAAGCCUGCCUUGGUGCUAAACAGGAAAACACCAAACUUACCAAUUCUCCAGUGCAUGACACAAAGAGUACUUACGCAUCCUCGUGUCCCACAGGACGUGUAUCGUUCAAGCUGUAUGACUGGAAUCCUGCUGAAUUUCCACGACGCUUACGUCACCAAAUAUUUGAAUGGCUUUCUAGCAUGCCUGUUGAACUGGAGGGUUACAUUCGUCCUGGUUGUACAAUCUUAACUGUAUAUGUUGCAAUGCCGCAACAUAUGUGGGACAAGUUAUCAGAAGACACAGUGAAUCUUGUCAAAAGCUUGGUAAAUGCUCCAAAUAGUCUCCUGCUGGGUAAAGGGGCCUUCUUUAUCCAUGUCAAUAAUAUGAUAUUUCAAGUAUUGAAAGAUGGAGCAACAUUGACGAGUACCAGAUUAGAAGUACAGUCCCCUAGAAUCCACUACGUUCAUCCAUCAUGGUUUGAAGCAGGAAAACCCAUUGAUCUUAUUCUUUGUGGAAGUUCUCUAGAUCAGCCUAAAUUCAGGUCGCUUGUGUCAUUUGAUGGACUAUACCUGAAGCAUGAUUGUUGCCGUAUAUUGUCGCAUGAGACCUUUGAUUAUGUUGAAGGUGGAGAAACUGUACUUGAUUCUCAACAUGAAAUAUUCCGGAUAAAUAUUACCCCUUCAAAGCUGGAUAACCAUGGACCCGCAUUUGUAGAAGUGGAAAAUGUUUUUGGACUAUCAAAUUUUGUUCCUAUUCUUGUUGGUAGCAAGCAUUUAUGUUCUGAACUAGAGCGGAUACAUGAUGCUCUGUGUGGUUCUCUGGACAAAAGUUCUGAUCCUUGUGAGCUUCGAGGACUUCGACAGACUGCAAUGUCGGGAUUCCUCAUCGACAUUGGAUGGCUAAUAAGGAAACCAUCUCCAGAUGAAUUUCAAAACCUACUGAGUUUAGCAAAUAUUCAGAGAUGGAUAUGCAUGAUGAAAUUCCUUAUACAGAACGAUUUUAUCAAUGUUCUGGAAAUAAUAGUGAACUCUUUGGAUAACAUCAUAGGGUCAGAGGUUCUUUCCAACUUGGAAAAGGGUAGACUGGAAAAUCAUGUAACAGAAUUUCUUGGAUAUGUAAGCGAAGCUCGAAAUAUUGUUGAUAACAGACCUAAAUAUGACAAGCAGACACAGAAUGAUACAAGAUGGGCAAGUGAUAAUGCUCCGAACCCGCCAAUGUUGGGCACUUCUGUGCCACUUGCUGAAGUAGGUACUGGAUCCAGUGGAGAACAUGAUUUGCGCUCAACUAAUGUAGCUUCUGGAGAGGAAGAAAAUAUGCCUCUAAUGCCUAAAUCUCUCCCACACAGACAAUGCUGCCACCCUGAUAUCAAUGCUAGAUGGCUUAGCCCUGCCUCCAUUGGUAUUCUUCCAGGUGGUGCCAUGAGAAUGCGUCUUGUCACCACUGUGGUAAUUACUGCGGUGCUGUGUUUUACGGCUUGUGUUGUCCUUUUCCACCCACACAGAGUAGGGGUGCUUGCUGCGCCAGUAAAGAGGUACAUAUCUAGGAACUACUCAUCAUAGUUCGAAGGUAGAUUAGAUUAACCUUCUUCCUGCUGCUUUCCUCUGUAUCAUAUGUAUCUCCUAAUUUGAGGCUUAGCUUGUUGUGCAUCUGAUGUUUGGAAGAGGAUUCACAGGCAUAAAUGCAAAUUUUGCAUCUUUUUUGGCAAAAAAGUGAGAGCAUUGUUGCCUGAAGACACUACCAGGUGCAUACCGAAAAUGUAAAAGCUGUUUAGUGCUUGAGACAGGGAUUGAAGUCAUGAUUUGCAUAGAA